AUGGAUCCACCCAAUACCUCUUCAGACGACAUUCCGAUGUCCGAGAACAGUCCAACAUUAGCCAACGCUGCAUCGUCGGCCCCCCAAGCUACAAAUCGGUGCUUAUCAUCGAGCUUUGAACCCCUUUACUCUACCUCGGCGCCUGCUAUCGCCAACCUAGAGAGCCGCCUCAAAGACACGUUCAAGAUGGUCUCGAAGCUUUGGAUCCAGGCCAUCCCUUCUGAAGAAACCAUCGCGUUUUUUGCGAAUCUGCUGGCUCGCGAGGUCUACGUUCACUCCGAAGUCGGGGAUUCCGAAGCCAGGAAUAUGGAAACGAGUGCAAAAGCUGUCUGCCGCAGCCUCUUCACAAAUGCCGGGAAUGAGGGCUUCCCAACGUUGCCAGCGGACGUGAGCCUGACCGACGCUUACGUUCAUCUCAUUAUUGAGUUCUUUGAAGCCGUUGAUGAGAACUGCGCCCCUCAUGUUGUGGAAACAAUUUACGACGUUAUAAAGACGUGGGAAUCAGAUCCAGAUGGACCCCGUACUGUUCGGUUUGCCGUCAUCGUUGCCUUAUGCCACCUCUACAAUUCGUCGGCUGACGGCAGUUGGCUGGAUGAAGUGGGUGAAGCUUGUACUGCGUUGUGCAGGUUGUUUGCUUUGAACCUGGAUAGUCCGUACUUGGACUUCAUUGAGUACAUUUGCAACAAAACCGUCGAGAAAAUGGGACAAGACGAGGAGGACGGUCGAGGCUGUUUGUUCGACUUUCUGGAACAUUUGAGAGAUUGCAGCGAUUACAGGACAAAAGUGUGCGCUCGACUGUUUCGCUGUGUCUACCGUAUCGUCGACGCGAAGUUCAGGGAGCGGUUUCAUCGAGAGAUAUUCUUUACCAUGGAGCUAGAUGAAGGGGACUUCUUACCCUCGAUUUAUCCUGCAAUCGUCAUGUUGUACGAGCUUUACCUCUUUUCCGAUGAGCAGGAUCGCCAUAUUUGGUGGGGAGGAUUGAAAAGGACAGGAGUUUGCUUCUACGAUAUAUUAGCAAGCGUGGCUCCGUGGAAACCUGAAUUCGACGACUUCUUGGAUAUCUUUGAGUAUAUCGCGUCCGCAAUCGGCCACGACGAAGAUGGACGCGCCUUGUUGCGCCAAUUUGCGGAGAAUGUUCAUGGUAUGCUGGACACAAAGCUAUAUUCGGAACAACAAACCAACAGAAUCAAUGGAGUUGUGAAUAAAAUGCAGGAUGCGUCUGCCGAAGGGAUGCAGGUGGUGGAGGUUACGGGGGCGAUGGAGAAUAAUAACACCAGCAUUCGAUACCUACCAUGGAGUGACUACAGACUCGCUAAGAUAGACGAGGAUCUCGAUUCGUUCGAGUAUCGCAUCGACGCUUACUUGAAAGUCAUGCAGGAAAUUUGGGCUGAUGAUGUUGCCAACGACACUCUUCCGGAUAGCUCUGUUACGUUAUUCGCCCAGAUCAUGGCGUGCGAUGUUUACAGACAUGACAUUUCUGGUCACAAGGAUGAAGAAGGGGAGAGUCCAGUGAGAAGCGCCGCCGAGAUUAUCAUGACAGGAUCCGCGCCCAUCGAAUCGAAGGAAGGGACUGGCAUCGGUUGGGCUCGGACGUCCGCGCGACUCUACCGUCGUUUGUUCGAAGUUGUCGACGAAAGGUUCAAGUCUGAGAUGUAUGAGGAGAUAGCUUGCAACUUCAAGGAAUCUGACACGGAACAACCAUGGUUCCGUGAAAUUGUGAUCCUAUAUAUUUUAGAGGACGCUAGCACAAAGGUGCUCAACUACAUGUCAAGGGAUCAGAGAAGACCGCUUGCACACAAGUAUUAUAAGGAGGGCGGUUUGGACUGGUUUGAGUACAUUGUACCUACGAUUGGAAAGAAGAUGGCACGGGAAGCGAAAGGUUGCGACAUGCUAAAUGCCUUCGCAGAGGGUUUCAACAAGCUGUCCAAGAAGAUGAGUUGUUUAGGUGAAGAGAAGAAUAGGAUUUUGGCAUUGGAAAAAGUCAUGCUCUUCGCAGCGGCUCAGGUUAAGACUGAGAGCUAG